AAGAAAAAUGUGAAUUAUAUCAAAUACUGUAUGCAACAAACAAACAUAUAUAUAUAAGUAACACAGGCGCAAACAUGGCUAGUAGCAACCGAUCAAGAUACAACAAGUGUUACAAAAACGUACUGCCGUAUGUAGCGUUGAUCAGCAUGGAGUGCACCAACGUGGGGCUCAACACCUUGUACAAAGCCGCAACUCUUAAAGGGAUGAGUUUCCAAGUGUUUAUGGUCUACUGUUACGCUUUGGCGGCCUUCCUACUCCUUCCAGCUCCCUUCUUUUCUUUCAGAUCAAGGGUGCUUCCUCCGGUGAAUUUCUCGAUCAUUAGCAAAACACUCUUUUUGGGAUUCAUCGGAUGUAUGGCACAGAUCUUGGGAUACACCGGAAUAAUUUAUAGUUCGCCCACGCUAUCUUCUGCCAUCAGCAAUCUCGUUCCUGCUUUUGCAUUCAUCCUUGCUAUUAUAUUCAGGAUGGAGAAACUAUCUUUUUCCACCAAUAGUACUCGUGUAAAGAUUUUGGGCACAAUUGUAUCCAUAUCAGGUGCAUUUGUUGUGACACUUUACAAAGGUCCCAAGAUUAUUUGGGGUUUAUCUCCAGCCUCUCAUUCUCCAUCUGUUGUUUCCCUUGGUUCUUCACAACAUAAUUGGGCUCUUGGCGGUCUGUUAUUUACCUCUGAGUACAUUUUGCUCGCAAUGUGGUACAUCGUGCAGACACAGAUAUUAAAGGAGUAUCCAGCAGAAUUGACACUCGUGUUCGUUUACAACUUAGAAGUGAGCAUUAUUUCUGCAAUAGUAGGGGCUUUCACAGUUUCAGAUUCAAGUUCUUGGAGGAUCAAGCCUGAUAUAGCCUUGGUCUCGAUUUUGUGCUCAGCCGUUUUUGGUAUGUGUUUGAACAGUGGUGUGCAUGCGUGGACAUUACAUUUGAAAGGGCCCUUAUUUGUUGCCAUGUUUAAGCCAACCUCGAUAGUUGUUGCAAUUGUCAUGGGAGUCAUUUUUCUUGGAGAUGAUCUCUACUUUGGAAGUGUGGUUGGUGCAAUGAUCUUAUCAAUUGGGUUUUAUAUGGUGAUGUGGGGAAAAGCGAAAGAGGAUACAAUGAAAGACGAUGUUGUAAACUCAUAUGUAUCCUCGACAUCAAGAUCUCCAUUGUUGCAGUACUACAAGAAUGAGGACGAGUAGACAAAAUGAAACUCCCCAUUAUAACAUUGUUUAUAAUAUAACAAUCAAGCACUUAGUUUGAAUGGUUCCCUUGUAAAUGAUCAUACAAGAGUUGUAUAACGUCCUGCCAUUAGAGAAACAGAAAUCAUUUUUCAUAUUGUAUAAUUAUUAGUUUCC